UUUGAAAAAUUUUUAGCAUUGAAUAACUAAAUUUUAUUAAUACCGUGAAAUUUUUGAAAUAAUCAAAUUUGUUUAAAAUGUCAGAAAAACAAAACUUUUGUUUAGAGAAUAUAAUUAAUGAUCUGAACGGAUUUGGUCGAUAUCAAAAAUUUAGUUUGAUGUUAUUGUGCGUACCAGUCAUAUUUUCAUCAUAUGUGACUUUUGCUUAUUUCUUCACCACAGGAAUCCCAAAUUACAGGUGUCGAAUAUCAGAAUGUGAUAAUGGAACAGCUUUGGAAUAUAUAUCAGAAUGUGUAAAAUCCGCUAUUCCAUUUGAAAAUGGUUAUCCUACUUAUUGUACUCGUUAUGGAGUAACAAAUAAUGUAUUAGGAAGUAAUAAUAUUUCAUUUUCGAUAGAAAAAAUUAUAAGAUGUGAAAAUGAUUUAGUAUUCCCCGAUAAACACACAACUUUAGUGAAUGACUUUCAAAUAUACUGCCCAAAUAAUCAGUGGAAAUUAACAACUGUUGGUACAAUCAAUGCAAUUGGCCAAAGUAUUGGAGCCCCAAUUAUGGGCUUUAUAUCCGAUCGGUAUGGACGGAAAAUAGCUUUAGUUGUUUUACCUACUUUAACAUCAAUCUUUGGGAUAAUACAAUCAUUUUCAACAAGUUUAGAAUUUUACUAUAUUACAGAAUUUGUCUUUGCCUUAGUAGGGAGUACCACUUUCAGUAUUGCUUUUAUUUUAAUUGUAGAAAUAACUGGAACAUCAUAUAAACUAUUUUCGAUUGCGGUAUGUUGCAUUGCUUAUGCAAUCGGUGAAAUAGUUGUGGGAAUAACUGCUUGGUAUUUUACAACAUGGCAAUUAUUUUUACGCGUUUUGUAUAUGCCUGGAUUGGUGAUGAUAUUUUAUUGGUGGUUAAUCCCCGAAUCAAUAGAAUGUAAGAAAACGAAACCCGGAAUUUUGGAUCAAGGAUAUUACGGAUCCUAUCAAACGGCUUCUUACGGAAGCCGUGUGAUAGGAAAUGUGUUUACAAGAAAAAAUGCAGAAGUGCUCAAUAAUGAUAAUAAACCAGAUUCGAUAAUAAAUAUAUUAAUGAAUCGUACAAUUUUUUGGCGAUUAAUAAACUGUAGUAUAAUAAUGUUUUUAACAUUGUUUUUGUAUACUGGAUUAUCAAUAAACUCAUCAUCAAUAUCUGAUAAUAAAUAUUUGGCUUUCAUAUUUGCAGCGAGUAUUGAAAUUCCUGCGUAUAUUACAUGUUCGAUUAUUUUAAGUUAUUUAGGUUUCAAACGUACACUUACGAUUGCAUCAUUAGCUGCUGGUAUUUUGUGUAUUUCACUCUACUUUAUUCCAGAAGGAAUACCGAAGCUUAUAAUAUUUAUACUAGGAAAAUUUAUGAUAACACUUACUUAUCAAACAUGUUACGUUUUUGUAACAGAAUUAUUCCCAAUUACAAUUAGAAACCUAUCUUUGGGUAUAUGCUUUGGUGUUGGAAAUUUUGGAAAUAUGGUUUCUCCACAAACACUGCUAUUGGCAUUAAUAUGGCAUCCAUUACCAAUGAUUGUGUUUGGCUUAUGCGCAAUUUUAAUAAGUUUUUUAUCAAUAUUGCUGCCAAAUAAAAUGCACAAGUAA